AACAACCUCCAGCAGGAGUCAGAUCCCCUGUCCCUGUUGUUGCUGCCUGCUUCAGGAGGGAGGAUCAAGCCCACUCUGGCUUUUAUUUCUUCUCUUCGUGCUCUCCAGGAGGAUGGCUAAAGCCCGCAUCUCUCUGCGCUCCCUGAACGAGACGUUAAACAGAGUAGAAACCAAGCUGCAAACCUUGGAGGCUCAGUUCACAGGCCUGGACUCAAGCUUGCAGAAACUGGCGCAGAAGUUUGAGCUGCAGGCCAAGAUGCUGGAGAAGGAGAUGAGCCAGGACGCUCUGUGGCCGUGGGCGCCAGGGGAGAGGCUCGGCUUGGAGGAGGGGGAGCGAGAGUAUUUCUGGGCCAAGUGGAAAAAGCCUGUGAGGAGGGUACUGAUGUUGUACUAG